CAUCACCACUAUCACGGCGGCGACCGUUUCUACAGCAUAGCGCAGGUGUUUCAUUUUCCGGAUUGGACAACCAAUUACCAACAACCCACCGACGAAGACGAAGACCUCGGGUUGGGUUGUUCGAUAUCUUUUCUUGAUGGUACCAAUCUUCUUCUUUCUUGGUUUCACUGCAUGGAAAGAGAAAGCUUCACAUUGGUGUUUUAUUCUGUGUUUAUCUUGUUCAUUUUCAUUUUCAUUUCCAUUUUUUGUCUUUCCCAAAAUCAUUGGACGGUUUCCCAAUUUCGUCCAUUAACAACCGGCGUCUCUUUUGAAAUGGGUUCAUUCACAAAAAGAGGAGUUUGUCAAGCCUCUUUCAGGGAUCAUUACAGGCGCAGUCUGAAGUUUCUUGGUAUACGAAUACCUAUUUUUGGGGAGGAAGGGGAAGAUCAUUUGGGUGGGUGCUGAGCAUUUUCUGCGGCUUCCAAAGGAAGGCAUUAUUGUCAU